AUGGUGGCGGUGCUAGGCUGUGACAGAGGAUGGGGAUUUGGCGGCGCACUUAAUGCAGCAGAUGGAGAGUUGCGUAGCGGAAACUUCAACUUCAACUUCAGGCACGAUGCGUUGCGUAGUUUCCCAAGCUCGGACCCCCACAGCCACCAGCCACCCGCCACCAGCCACACGCGCUGGAGUCCGCCCGCCCCACCCCAGAAGGAUUGCAUUCACGUCUCCAUUCGUGUCUUUCACAUGCCGAUCACCAUGUUUCUUCCCACCCUGUCCUCGCUCCGUCCCUCAUGGAUGUCUCAUGCUUGCCAAAGAAUUGCACACCCACAGCCCGGACUCUGGCCCAGCUGGAUGGCCGACCAGAGAGACGCCCAAAACGGUCUGCCAUAUCGUCCUCAGCUCAGACAAGGCACUCAGUCAACAUAUCUGAAAGAUGUCUACAGGCCACUUGCCCGGGGCAGCAUUCGUCUCAUAGAGCUGCAUGGCCUAGGGGAUGACGGCAGAUUACUGGCACCUGAUGCGAAGCCCAAGUACGCCACGAUAUCUUACACUUGGAAUCCGAAGAAUAGAAUCACGUACGGCAAAUAUGAUGUUGCUUCCAAGCAUAUCAUUCUCGAUGGCUUCCGCACUCGCGUCCCUGACAAAGCUGCUACCAUUCUUCGUCUAAUGUUUGCACACCGCCGGCGCCGCGUCUGGAUUGAUGCUAUAUGCAUCAACCAGUCUGAUGCCGCUGAGAAAGCCAGUCAGGUUCAGAUGAUGGGCGACAUUUAUCGUUUUGCAAAUGAAGUGGCAAUCAUGCUUGGUCCUCCGUCUGACCUGACCGAUCACUUCAUCGAUAGCCUUCAUGACACCGAGUCAGCCUUGAAGGAGUGCGAGGAAGGCCCGCGCAAGCUCAAUGCAGGCUAUGACGCUUUGCGCGAAAACAUGUACUGGACUAGACUUGAUGUAACUGAUGUAUUCAGAAGAAGGACUAUCUACGGAAACCUUAGGCAUCAGGCACUUACCCCCUCAGUACCCUCAGGCAUCAGGCACGUGAUGGACCCUGACACCUGGACACACACUCCAAGUACUAGAGCCUGGACUCUGCAGGAGAUCAGCCUCGCAACCUCUGCCAACAUCUUCUGUGGCUCUCGGGUGGUCGACUUUCAGUCCUACUACAAUUUCCGUGAGAGAGUUGAGACGGAUGUCCAAUCCAAGGCGUUUGCAGUGGUCGACAAGACCGCAGUAGGUUUCUUGGCCGAUGCUGUCAAAGGUGGCCGGCGUUUCAACGCCGACAUCGCGGAAGAACGCUAUCAGACUGGAUUGAUUAUCGAAGGAUCUGGAAUAGGCUUUCUUGAGCUGAUGCGGAGGACAAGGCUGUGGCAUAAUUGUCUAGCCCCCAGAGACAAGCUUUACUCGCGGCUUGCGCUUGCCCACGAUGCGAGGACGCUAGUCCCUAGUGUUGACUACAAGUCUACCACAGAGUCUGUAUUCAAAAGCUUUGCAGCAAGAUGCAUUUUUUCGACCGGGACUUUGGAGGUCAUUACCUUCGCGAACAAAACCAAGAUGACUCUACCGACAUGGGUGCCAGAUUGGUCUUCACCCUCCAAGGAUUGGCAGUCCCGGAAAACAGCGUUGGUCGAAGCCAUACAGACCCUUCCCUGGACCGACAACCCUGAAUUGAGAGUCUCAGCGGAUGAUACGACGCUUACAGUCCGAGGUAUGGUUCUAGAAACGAUUACUGCCAGCUAUGCCGCAGUCCUGAGAUAUUACAUCACAUACUUCUCGCCCUAUCACGUCCCGCGAGACGCAUACUCUUGGUCUGAGAUCCCUCGUAAAGGCGACCAUAUCUGCGCACUUCAAGGCUGCAAUAGCCUCGUAUUCUCGCGAAAGGUCCAGACACACUACAUAAUUGUUGGCAGAUUCGUUGCUUGGCAGGAGAUGUUGGAGCUCAAGUCUGCUCACAUGCGUCACCUCAACUCCUCCCCGGCGAAGAGUUGGUUUUCGAAAUACGAUGAUAUCCCCCACAAUUUCACGCCAUCAACAGCUAUUAUCUCGUUAGGCCUGCUUCCCAGGCUGGCGUUACCCUUACUGAAAUCCUCAUUCACUCCGUAUUACGAAUGCUCAAAAUGUGGCUAUCGGAUUGCAAGUCGACAUUGUGGCGAAUACCACUUUGAGCGGUUCCGGAUCGGAACAGUAGCUGGUCUCAGUCCUGAUAUCUACUCCUAUUCUGACUUGAUGACUGCUACUCUUCUGUAA